GACCAAAAUUAAACAGCUGUACCAUUCUAAAUCGAGAAAAAUCCCCAAAUCUCUUUCGAAUUUUAGGGUUCAUUGUUUCGUGUCACUUGAAUCGGGAAAGACCCGUCCCCUGAUCAAGGCGUUACUGAUAUCGAAAUCGAUCGAUUCUUCGCGAUGACAUCGGUUUCGUUGUUUCCAUUGAGCCUUACCUUUCUUUUCCUGGUUUUCUACUUGAUCGGCGUGCAAUCAGAGAAUCACGCUGGUUUAUCGGCGGAGAAGGCCGGAGGCGGAGGCGGCGAUGUCUGCGCCGGGUUCUCGGCACCGGAUUCAUGCCCGAUAAACUGUUUCCGGGCGGAUCCAGUGUGCGGAGCUGAUGGAGUCACGUACUGGUGCGGCUGCCCAGACGCGGCGUGUCACGGCGCUCGUGUCGUCAAAACAGGGGCUUGUGACUCGGGUAACGCUGGAAGUGCCUAUUUUCCUGGACAAGCCUUGCUCUUGAUCCAUAUUGUGUGGCUUAUCCUGUUAGGGUUCUCCGUUGUCUCCGGUGUUUUCUGAUUUGUUUUCGCUUUUGUUAUUCUGAAAUAGUUACGGUUGUUUUGAGAUUCGUUCCUGCUGUAGAGUUUGUAUGAUGAAAGUGGGAUAUGCAUACCGUGUAGAUUGAACUUCUGGUAUUGAUGUCUGUAACUCGAUUCCUCGAUUCACUUUGGUGGUUUUACUGAGUAGAUCACUCUUUGUCCUAGCUUAUUGGGGCUUGUGGGACUGUGUUAAAGAUGUCAAUGGAUGUGUCCUUAUCUUGAACCUCAAGAACUGGGGAUGGAAGCAACAUUUUCUGAAA